AUGGGGCACGCCUGGUUGGACUCCCUCUCGGAGGAUUGGGUGUCGCAACCGGGAUCGGACGCGUCCGUGGCCGACCCCCAUUCCUCCGCACCUUCCCCCGACGCGCAACGGAAAGCCAAAGAGUCGACGACGACGACGCCGAGCCGAAUCCCCCGACUGAGCAGGAAGAACCUCGACAACGCCGCGAACAGCAACAACAUCCUCGGCGAGCGAAGUGUUAACCACAGUCCCCGCCGCACCUCGUCGAAGCUGUCGCAAGAGCUCAAGUCUAGUAACGGGCGGAGCACGGCCGACAGCCGCUCCUCCUUCUCCUCUGGUCGUUCGAAUUCCCUCUCGACGGUCGGGUCGGUGGUUCAGCACAAGUCGGUAGCGUCGGUCAACAACAGGCGGGGGUCGACUCCGGAGUGGAAGAGACGGUUGGUGUAUGGGGAUUUGUCGUAUGGGGAGCGGGCGGAUUUGUUUACUUCUGCGGGGAAGGGGCUGGAGAAUAUUUUCAAGCCGCCUACGACGGGGAAUGCCAGCAGGGAGGAGUCGUUUGAGCCGAGGUCUUCGCGGUUUACGCUGCCGUCUAGUCCGCCGGUGUAUCAGCGGGAUUUGUUGUCGUCGACUGUUGAGACACAGGCGGAGGAGUCUGUUCAGGAGUUGCCGGAACACCCUGGAGCAGUGGGGAGGAGAUCACAAAUACCUACUACUGCGAGGCAGAGGCGAAUGGAGGACUCGUUCGAUCAGAGUAGGGAUUCGGAGAAUAGCAUGUUACCUGAUAGCUGCACGCAGCAGGCCACGACGACUGCGCAGACGGAUGUUUCGAACCAGAACUCGUUGGUGGUGGACUCGAGGAAGGUCAGCGGCAGGAGCGACGUGAGGAAUGAGGAUUUUAGCCCGAUCCUGAUAGAACGGCGCCAGGCUAGCAAUGGGAAGACGGUGUUUGGGCCUGCGGAAUUACCGCCUGAGGAGCUGCGAAAGCGGUUGGAGAAGUUGAGACAGAACCAACGCUUUCUCACGGGGGGUACGGAUGAGGAGGACGAGGCGGAUGGCCAGUCAGACGGGAAUGGGAAGUCAAAGAAUGGUACUACUAGCACGAGGGAGUUUGAGAGACAGGGCGGGUACAUCAACUUCCAGCGCGGUGGCCGGUCGGCGGAGGGGUCUUUUUGGCAUCACCGGCUGAGUUCGGGGCAUGAUGCUUCGGAAUUCUGCCCGGAGGAGUCGCUCCAGGCCAGCACGCCGAAGCAAUUCCCUACCGUGAGGGUAGAGCCGUGGGAUGAAUCGGCUGAAAUCCCGGUUGACAGUCCUCAGUAUCCUUCUGCUCCUAACCCAAGCCCGCAAAAGGCGCAGAGGUUACUUCCUGUGCCGCCACCUAGCACUGCGAGUCCGUUGAAACUGUUUCAGCCGUAUGACACGUUUACCAACCAGACGCUGCUGAGGAGACUGAGCCAGUUUCAGGCGGAGCCAUCGGCGAGUGACAAUUCUUUUGCGAUUGCGCAGGACCAGAACAGGGUCAGCAGGUUUGGCGAGGGGGAGCUGGACGGGUACGAGUUCCAAGACGAGUUUUCGCACGUUGGGGGGGCGGAUGCAUCGGGACUAGAGGCGGACAAGGAGAACAGGGGUCCUGCUAGCCCUGGUCUUGACGAGGAUGAUCAAGACAACAAUGGCUCCACCCACCACCGCGCGUCGUCGCGUCCGCCCAUUUUUGGCGACUUUACUAGCCACGAUGAUGAGAGCUCGCCUUGGGAGAUUGAGGAUGAUUUGUUGAGGAUUUCGAGGAGAAGAAGGCAAAAGUCGGCGACGACGACGGUGAAUUCGGCUUAUUCUACUACUACUACUACUACUGCUGCUACUGCUACUACGCGACGGAGUGUUUUUUCGGGCGCGGGGGAGUUGUACAGUGGCGGGAGUAGGAGAUACAAGAGGAGUAAGAGGACGUCGUUUCCUUUUGGUGGUGGUGAUAGCAGGAUCUCCACUCCCAGGCGGAGAAGAGACGUUAGUACUACAGGGACAGGGGGGGGACUGUUGUCGGAAAUUAAACGUCCUAGGACGUCGCCAUCGAAGGAUCCGACGCCCAAGAGGAGGAGGACGCUGCACAAGUCUGAUGUUUCUUAUGGGACGUAUGAUGACGACGAUUCUUCUGCUGCAGAUUCUACCGCGGGAGUUGACGCGGUGCAAAUGAGUCAUCAACAGAUGCAGGAGGCGAUACUGAGGCAUCAGCAGAGGAGGGAGGCGCGGGCGGCUAGUCAGGAGCAGAAACAGCAGCAGUUAUCGGAGGAGGAGGAGGAGGAGGAGGAGGAGGAGGAGGAUGAAUGA